AUCUCAGUUACACUAUACUUAAAGAAACGGAGUUUGCAUCGUAUAGCAGGAAGAACAUAGAUCCAUUGCAAAAGCACCAAUGGACAAGGUUCUACUCUCCAUCCACAUAGUGAUAUUUGGUGCACUUCUCUUGUUCACCAUAGGCAAGAGCUUUGUACAGCCAUCUUCUCACAUACAUCCAAACCAUACGGUCACAAGCUGUACCGCUAGUGAGAGGUCCGCGCUUCUCGGCUUCAAAGCAGGCCUCUCCGACCCUGCAUACCUCCUUUCAUCAUGGAAGGGUGAUGAGUGUUGCAAAUGGAAGGGCGUCCACUGCAGCACCAGAAACAGCCAUGUCGUCAAGCUCGAUCUCCAGGGCCAUGGUUGUGACCCCAACAGCGAUGCGUGGACGCAAGUGCUAGGAGGCAACAUCAGCUCCUCUUUGCUUGGUCUACGACAUCUACAGUAUCUUGAUCUUAGCUGCAAUGGGUUCUAUGGGGUGCAAGUGCCGGAGUUCUUGGGCUCUCUCCACAAGUUGAGAUACAUCGACCUAUCGAGUUUAAGCUUCAUAGGAAGGAUACCACCGCAGCUGGGUAAUCUCUCCAACUUACAAUACUUAAAUCUCAACUCGGAAUAUUUCAAUGGCACAUACUCUAUGGAUAUCACCUGGUUGUCACAGUUAACUUCCCUUGUGCACCUGGACCUGAGCGGCACGAACCUCAGUGCAAUUGUUCACUGGCUUCCGGUGGUGAACAUGCUUCCAUCUCUAAAGGUUCUUCAUCUUAUCAAUUGCAAUCUUAGAACUAGCUCUGCUUCACUUCAGCUUUCAAAUCUGACUUUUCUCGAAACCCUAGACCUUUCCGCCAAUGGCUUCCAUACACAUAUCGCACGCAACUGGUUUUGGGAUUUGACUAGCCUCAAGUAUCUAUAUAUCUCAUCGAAUGGUUUCUAUGGCCAAUUUCCGGACGAGAUUGGUAAUAUGACUUCCAUAGUAAAGUUUGAUUUAUCAUCGAAUAACCUAGUUGGCAUGAUACCAUCAAACCUGAAGAACAUAUGUAGCUUGGAAGAGUUCUUUGUACAUGAAACCAACAUCAAUGGAAGUAUAACAAAAUUCUUCCAGCGUUUGCCUAGUUGUUCAUGGAUUAAGUUGACAUACUUGUCUCUAGCUUCCAGCAACUUGACAGGGAGACUACCAACCAAACUAGAACCGUUAAACAAUUUGAUCUACCUUGAUAUCAGUCGUAACAAGCUCAUUGGUCCUAUGCCACUCUGGAUAGGAGAGCUCACAAAGAUAACUUACCUAGACCUGGGCUACAACAACUUGGAUGGUUUCAUACAUGAAGGUCAUUUAUCAGGACUAGAAAGCUUGGAGUGGUUGUGGCUCUCUGAUAAUUCCUUAACCCUGACAGUGAAUUCGACAUGGGUUCCUCCUUCAAGUCUAACAAAUAUUGAACUUCGGUCAUGCCUUCUCGGGCCUAAAUUUCCACCGUGGCUUCGAUGGCUAACUAGUCUAGACAAUCUUGAUAUCUCAAACAUGAGCAUAUCUGACACGGUUCCAGAUUGGUUUUGGAUAACAGCUUCUACAUUGUACACUCUAAAAAUGGGACAUAACAAAAUUAGUGGUUCUCUUCCAUCUACAAUAGAAUUUAUGGGAGCAACCGCAAUUGAUCUUGGUUCUAACCAGUUCAAUGGCACAAUACCUAAGCUUCCCAUUAGUCUAAGUGACUUGGAUCUUAGUAGAAAUAAAUUAGAUGGACCACUACCAUUAGAUUUUGGAACGCCGAAUCUAAUGAAACUAGUUUUAUUUGAUAACUCCAUAUCUGGCACCAUUCCCUCUUCAUUUUGCAAAAUGAGAUCACUAAUACUAGUGGAUAUCUCCGGGAAUAAGCUAAAUGGACCAAUUCCUGAUUGCUCUACUAAUACAUCCACAACAAACAUGACCAGUAUGAGUAUUCUUAAUCUAAGCUUAAGAAACAACAAUCUCUCCGGUGAAUUUCCUUCAUUUCUCCAACACUGCCAAGAACUCGUCUUUCUUGAUCUUGCACACAACCAUUUCGUUGGAACUUUGCCAACAUGGAUUCAGGAGAAAUUGCCACAGUUGGCUUUCUUACGACUACGAUCAAACAUGUUCUGUGGUCACAUUCCAGAGGAGCUGACGAAGCUAGUCAAGCUUCAGUAUUUGGACCUUGCCUACAAUAAUAUAACUGGUAACAUACCAAAAUCUAUUGUUAACUGCAAAGGGAUGAUAGCAACAAGAGAUAAUUAUGAUGAUGGUGGUGAUGCAUUAAAUCGUGCUUUUGGCUUCAAUGAUGAAUGGGAGCAUGGCCCUAAUGAAUUGGUCACCUAUACCGAGAAUUUCACGGUUGUCACAAAGGGUCAAGAGAGAUUAUAUACAGGAGAGGUCAUAUACAUGGUGAACCUUGAUUUAUCAUGUAAUAAUCUUAUUGGUGAUAUUCCCAAAGAUAUCAGCGCGCUUGUUGAAUUGAAGAGCCUGAACCUAUCAUGGAACAUCUUCAGUGGAAAAAUUCCGGAAAAUAUUGGCGCCUUGGCGCAAGUGGAGUCGCUGGACCUAUCGCACAAUAGGCUGUCUGGUGAAAUCCCUGCAAGCUUGUCGGCUCUUACAUCAUUAAGCCGCUUGAACCUGUCAUAUAACAACCUGACAGGAGAGGUGCCAUCAGGAGAUCAACUGCGGACACUUGAGGACCCAGAAUAUAUUUAUGUUGGCAACCCAGGCCUCUGCAGUCCACCUAUCUCGCGUAAAUGUCCGCAACCAGAGCCAAUUCCAUCUACUCCAGAACACCAUGGUGAUUUAAAUGACCUGGCAUCGUUUUUCAUCGCUAUGGGUUCUGGAUAUGUAAUGGGUAUCUGGGCGGUCUUCUGCACCUUCCUGUUCAAGAGAAAAUGGACAGUUUAUUGGUACUCGGUUUGCGACAGCUUGUAUGACCGGGUAUAUGUGCAAGUGGUUCUAACCUGGGCUUCCUGGACAAGAGAAAAAGGCGCAGAAGCUGAGACCACUCACUAGCUUGCUUUGGUUCUCCAUUUGCUAUCAUUUGAGUGUGCAGAUUUUACCAUGUAUCAAUGUUGUUACAGUAUUGUACUCAUAUAGUUCACAUAUACAGUACAUAUUUGUGGAUUGUGUUGUAGACUAGGGUUUGGAUAUAUGUAAAGUUGAUUUGUUAUUAAUAAUUAAUGCCAGGGGCCACACCAAGGCCCCUGUUGCAGGAGUGUGUUUGUCAAUGACUGAAUUAACCAGUGCACACACAAAGCAAGGCUCGAUUCUUUCAUUCGAUAGACUACACUGGGCGCAAAUGCAGUUUCUUCACUAGAGAAACAAUGUAUAGGGUUCAGACUUUUCACUGCAAAAAUAUUAUACAUGGUUCAAACUUCUUCAGACAAACUCUCUUG